CCUGCGGCGGGGAGGCCGGGCAGUGUUAGGAGCGAACUGGGGGUCAUGCCGCGGGGUCGUCUCUGCGCCUGCGCCGCGCCGGGAUGCUGAACCUUGCGGCGCUGCUGUGGCGCCGGCUGCUGCGCAAGCGCUGGGUGCUCGCCCUGGUUUUCGGGCUCUCGCUGGUUUACUUCCUCAGCAGCACCUUCAAGCAGGAAGAGAGGGCGGUGAGAGAUCGGAACCUGCUCCAGGUUCAAGACCGCGAACAGCCCAUUCCGUGGAAGGUCCAGUUUAACCUGGGCAACAGCAGCCGGCCCAGCAACCAGUGCCGGAACUCUGUUCAAGGGAAACACCUCAUCACAGACGAGCUGGGCUAUGUCUGCAAGAGGAAGGACCUGCUGGCCAAUGGCUGCUGUGACAUCAGUGUCCCCAGCACCAAGCUGUACUGCUGUGAUGGGUGCCUGGCCAAUGGCUGCUGUGAAGCCUAUGAGCACUGUGUCUCCUGCUGUCUGCAGCCCAGCAAGCAACUUCUACUGGAGCGCUUCCUCAACCGGGCAGCUGUGGCCUUCCAGAACCUCUUCAUGGCAGUUGAAGAUCACUUCGAGCUGUGCUUGGCGAAGUGCAGGACCUCAUCCCAGAGCGUGCAACACGAGAACACAUACCGCGACCCCAUAGCCAAGUACUGCUAUGGAGAGAGCCCGCCGGAACUCUUCCCCGCGUGAGGCCUGAUGGAGAGACACACCCAGAGCCAGUCUGGUCCAUGCAAGGUGAUGAAGGAGAAAACCACACCAAGGGUCCUUGGCCUUGACCGUGCCUUGUGGCAUCGAGGGUCUCUGGCUCCCUCACCGCCAGCUGGAGCAGAUGGACGGAGCUGUCCUGUAGAGCAGGCCGGACCAGGCCCUGGCACCUUACAGGGCCCUGAGCCUGCUGGUCAGGGUCUGGGCGCUUGAUGCUAGGUUGUAGUUACUUAAUGACUUCUCAGAGCAGUAGAGGGUGCCGUGUUUUGUGCAGGGCACCUUUGCCUGUCCAGUUGGGUGCACUCGAGGAGCUGACUGCUGUACUUGAUUCCUGACUGUCAACAGGUGACGUCGCUCCUGCACCCAGAGGCAAGGUUGUCUCCAGGAGUGUGGGUGUACGGACUUAUUUUUGGUUGUUUUCACAUCGGACCGGCAGGCCUUGUAUCCAUAUCCUAACAUCUAGGGGUAUGUAGAGCCUCGGGGGUGCUGGUCCCCACUGAGCCAUUGUGGUGUGCUCAUAUAUCUGAAAUGGUAGUCGGGAGGCCUGAAUCCCCGAUGACUGUCUCAGUGGGGUUUCCUGUCACUGUGCCCCUGUUGAAACCCCUCAGCCUUGGGGCAGGGGAACCUUUCCCUUGUCUGUCAUGUAAGCCGGUGGGGACCUGGUGAAUGUACUUUACACCACUCGCUCAUUCUUUACUGCUCUCCGCUCCUGGCUGUGUGCCAGAGGCACACACUUGGUAAGCUCUCCCUCCAGCCUAAAGUUUCCCCCACCACUCUAGCCAUGCCGAAGAGCGUCCCGAAGGCAGCUCAGUGUCCGAUGCGUGCCGGGGUGGGCGGUUGUCAGCAGUAACCGAAACUUGCGUUUCAAGCCUGUCUUGUUUUAGGCCACCUGUUACUGCACACUUCUCUCACUGACCCUCGCAGUAGGCCACGGCGUUCUGUGGUUUGGGUUCAGGUUGCCCUAGCAUCAGACGUGAGUCUCAAGAUUUUAUCUCUGCAGCUUCGAGGAGCCCUGUCUCCCAGCCGCGUUUGCCCUCAGGAUGGGAUUUCCUUCGGCUCCCGCCUGCUUCCUCUUCGUGCUCACCUCUGAAUUGUAUGCUGCACCUCCCUGGAAGGGAGGACAGGCUGGUGGCAGUUGUUCUCUUGGUUUGUGUUGCCAUACUGGGAUCAAACCCAGGACUUUGUGUGUGACUGGAAAACCUUCUGCUCCUGAGCCGUGGCCCUGGCCAGGGAAUUGAUUUUCAGUGUUAGAGCCCAGUGAUUCUCUUCCGUUUGCUCUGGACUUUUCAGUGCGUGGAUUCAAAGUUCAGUGAAGAUCUCGGUGCACCUGCACAUUCUGGCACGUCCUGGAAUGUUCUGGCAAUGUUCUGGCUUGCUCAUUCUUUCUGGUAACUGGGGUGUGUGUGUGUGUAUAUAUAUAUAUAUAUAUAAUUUUUUUUUU